AUGAUACACUUGAUGUUAUAUUAUCCCAAUCAUCGAAGUUUGGUUUCGAUUGGUAUAUUUUUGAAGUAUAAUAUCUACCGCAGAUACGCUGUUGUAGAGCGUAUAGUACAGGCCCAACGGCGACCACAACAAAAUCCGCAAGGUACACAAAGCAAUUUAAACACUCCAGCAAGUGAACAAUCGGAGAAUCAGCAAAGCCAGCUUGCUCAGGAGUCUACGGAUCAAGCAAACGGUAGCCUACGUGGUGAACAAGAAUCGAGAUUUACGAGGAUAACUACAAAUCUACGUUUGGCAGCAAAUCUUUCUUAUCAGUUCUUUUCAGCUCUGAUUUCCUCAAUUAUUCCAGAACAACCACCACCACUACAUCUAGACUAG